AUGAUUACAACUAAUCAACCUACAUUGAUUUUACUUGAUUGUCAUCCAGAUUCUCAAGCUUCUUGUAUUGCAGAUCCUAAUGAUCCUCCUGACAUUCCGCCAUGUCCCUUAUGGUCUUGCUUCGUAGAAGCUACCUUAGAAUAUUGUCGCAUAGCCUUCAUUUCACCAAGUUCUAUUACACCAUCAUCUACACGUAUACCUGAUGCAUUAAAAAAAGGUCUCAAAUCAUUAGAAUCUUGUGGAUUUAAUGACAGAAUCAAGGCCAGGAUUAUUUUGAUUUUAUUGGGGAAACCUAAUGAAAAAAAUUUUGAUUAUCAAGAAACUUUAGAACAAAAAACAAUAGACCUUCGUAAUGUAAUAUGUGAACUUUUAGAAAAGAGAAAAUCAAAUAAUCACUCUACUAGCAGUAAAAAACAAAAGAAUAUUGAUCGAUCAAUACAAUAUCAUUUUGAUAUUUUACGUGUUGUGCCUUCUUUUGAUCAUUUUAAUGAUGAUGUUUCUAGGACUAAGAUUCCAAUAUCAAGACAAAAUACGGAGCUUUCAGCCACAGUGUAUAACAUUCCACCAGUACUUGGAGUGCCAAUGAAGAAAUCCAACCAAACAAAAACAUCCUAUGAGAUUAAAUUAUAUUAUCCAGCAGGCGAUCAUCUACCGCAUUCCAAUUCAACAUCUACAAGUUUUCCCAAAUCAAAAUUAUACGAACCCGAAUGUAUGAAUAAUCGGGAAACUGUGGUAAAAUGGCAACAAAAAGUUCAUGGAUUAGAAACUACAGUUACUCGGUGUGCACAUAUAGUUACGCCGAUGGAUAUUUCACAACCAACUCGUGUAAUGAUAAAUAGUUUAGCAAAGGGAGCAAUUUAUGCGAUGAUUGAUCCUUCAUUGUCUAUUGAUCCUGCAAACAGAAAUGAAGAUUCACUCAACCAAGGAAAAACAAUACUUUUCUCACAUAUUUUAGUUUAUCAUAAAGAAAUUGGAUCUUUAUUUCUUCUUUGUCAACAUAUAAACCAUGGUCAAAAUAUACAUCCACUUGACGUUAUGAAUAUCGAAAUUCCAAAAAAUUUUAUAAAUUAUCCUAAAAAAAUUGAUUAUUCAAAUUAUAUUUCGUUUUUUGAGGAAAGUAUUAUAAAACCAAAUACUAUUAGUAAAGAAUCUGCUGAUAUAAACCAAUUUUUAGGACUUGUUAAGUUACCAACAAAGUUAUCAUCAGAUCAACAAAUGAUAAAGAGUAAUAAGAAUUUGGAUAUUGAAUCUAGAUGGAUAAAAGCAUUUAUAAAUUUUAAUAAUGAUACUGAUACUGAUUUCAAAUUACUCACUAAUUUAUCCCAAGGGAGUCCUGUUUUUGAAAUAAUUGUUAAAUUGAAAAAUUUGUUAUGUGCAGAAAGCCUUAAAGAAGAUUUUAUAAAAAUUAUAAAUGAUAUUUUAGAUGAUUUACUUAUUAUUGGAAGGACUGGCAAGGUUUUUAAAGAUCAAAGAGAAGCAAAUCUAUUUUUAAAAAAAAUUACAUCAAUUGCUGAAGCUUUUAAAUCCAAAUCUAAAAAACAUGAUGAA